AUGCCAUCCGUUGUGUACGUCAAGGACACGGCACCGUACACCGGACGCGUGGAGGCUCCAAGCCUAGCUGGUGGGAACAGCCACGUCGAGACCAUGGAGUGCAAGUGCCGACGCCCGAGACGCAAGAUGAUCUGUGGGUCCAGCGCUGGUCCCGGAGCUGGCUCUGGGCGCCGAGCACUGCAAAAGAGCCAUUCCAACGCAAACGGCUUCUGGAGUCGCGGGGAUAAAGAGAGCGGAAGGGACGUCUGGGCCCGUAGCCUGUUCCGCUGCGCUAAGGAUAGCAAGUCUUUGAUGCAAAUCACCUUGGGACAAGGAUUUAGAGUGAGACAGGCGCAGUGA